UAACCUCGUUUUCGCGUGCCGCACCUGCGACAGCUGUCAUAAUUAUUGAUACUACCGAGCUGAAUCUGACUCGUAUGUGCACAUCGCAUAUAAACAAAUCUGUUGUCGCGCAAAGUUAAGUCACGAAGACAUCCCGACUUCGCGUGCUCAUUCGCUUAAACAUAUUUUUAGCGUCGUGAACUAUACCACACACCGUAAAGGAUGACAAUGGGCGAUGAGACUCCGGUUACAUCAUUGGUUCUUCCUGUCAUAUUAAGACCAAUAUUAACAAAGCUCGAGAGGCAAAAUGUCAUGGCAGCUCAAACUUUGCGCGCAGCUCUCACAAAAGCGGAGAGUUCGCAUCCUGGAAUUACAUAUGAUUUAAUUAUGGGUAUAAUACGUAGAGCAGAACUCAAUCUCGACAUGAAUGAGAGUGUCUUGCGAUUGCAAGGCGUCGCUUCUGAUUAUGAUGUUGUGGAAUAUCGUUCAGCACGUUCGGAAGAUGCAUUUCAAGAACUGAAUCGUAAAUCAACCUCCUUGAAAAGAAUACUUAGCAGAAUUCCCGAUGAGAUAACAGAUAGGAAGACUUUUCUUGAGACAAUCAAAGAAAUUGCAAGUGCUAUAAAGAAGCUCUUAGAUGCUGUAAAUGAGGUUACUGGAUUUAUACCUGGUUUAGCUGGUAAACAAGCCUUAGAUCAACGCAAAAGAGAAUUUGUGAAAUAUAGUAAGAGAUUUAGCAAUACGUUGAAGGAAUACUUCAAGGAAGGACAAGCAAACGCAGUAUUUAUAAGUGCACUGUACCUGAUACAUCAAACAAAUAUGAUUAUGCUUACAGUAAAGGACAAAUGUGAAUAAAUAACUGUUCAAAUACUGAAAAAAAGAGAGAAGAUAAAAAGAUAAUAUGGUGGAGGGGAGAGGAAAAAGAUCGAGAGGACAUUGUGUGAUAGUAUCACAAAACAGCGGAUUAUCCAUAAAUCUUACACCUUGUAUAACACAUUCUAUAAAUGUCUUAUCUUCUAUUAUAUAAAUGACAAAACUUAUAAAUAUCCCUUAAUAAAUUAAUAUAGGAAAUUUUAACUUUAUUACGUUUCCGCGUGUUAACUAAUUGCACUAUAGUUUGUUG